CCAGUUCAACAGUGCAGCUACAAAGAACAGACCAUUGGAAUUCCUUGUUCCUAUUCCUUAUUUUCCUUGUUCCUAUUUUCUGUUGCCUGGCCUUUCUUCCUAUGUCCAUGAUUUUUUCUAACCUCAUUUGUCAUCUAUUGAAAACAAGUAGUCGAACAAACAUGCCACACAUUUCUCGAUUUCCUCUGCAUCCUUCAUCUGGUACAGGUAUUGUUGGACGAUUCAAGACAUCGAUACGUUUCGUUCGUUAUGGCUGUGCCAACAGGCCGUUUUAUCAUCUUAUUGUAAUGAAUCUAAAAGCACACCAGAAACAACCGCCGAUAGAACAACUCGGCACCUAUGACCCUAUUCCAAAUAAAUACAACGAGAAAUUAGUGUCGUUCAAUUUCGAAAGAAUACAGUAUUGGUUAGCAAAAGGAUCACAUGUAUCCACACCUGUUGCAGAAUUGUUAGGACUUGCUGGGUUCUUUCCUGUUCAUCCAAGAACAUACAUGACGGCAUGGAGAAAUCGCAAAACUGUUGAGACAAAUACUGUCCAAGAAAACAUACCGGAAACUGAACUGUCUAUGAAUUAAAAUAUCUUCAAUAUAUUGCUUUAAUUGGAUCUAGAUGCUAUUAGUUCUAUACGUAUAAGUGAAAUUUACCAAUAAAGCCAUUAUCAAUUA